CCCUGGUCGAACCAAUCUAGAACACGUUCACAUCACAUAUAACGAUGGUUAUUCCAAGUGCUUCAGUAGCGCAUCAGCGCCAUGCCAUACAACUGAUAUCUCGAGUUCUUUCGGUGCGUGCUGGCGCUUCACCUUUCACACUGAUUCUUGAUUCCUUAACUCAACGAGCUACUCCCAUCCUGCGAGAGGUCAUUCGUCGAGCCACAGGAAGAGGAGUCAAGGUGAUCAUGGUUUCUUUUGAAUCCAAGGCGCCACCUGCAUCAAUAUCGAGGCAAGAAAAAAGCAGAAUGCGGUGGGUCAAUGCGUGGGCAGAAAAACCAGAGAAUCUAUUCUCCGUAAUCGAAACCGCUUUGAAGGAAGAGAAGGCCCAAACACAAAGUCAAUCUACUCCAGCGUCUCCGUCAGUACCGUCAACGCCCGAAGUCUUGGUCGUGAUAGACAACAUACACGACCUUCUUACAUAUACCUCCAUCCCGCUUCCGCAGCUCUUCACACUUGUUGCUGUCCAACAUGCCGCCAGCCUCAUCGGCAUCUACCACACGGAUCUCAUCGACGCAUCGCCAUCCGCCUCACCAUAUGCUCCCGCACCUCUUUCUCUUCUCAACUUCACAGCCACUACUAUAUUGACUUUACACUCGUACGCACAUAUCUUUGCCGCCGCACGUGCAAGGUCUCAAAGUCUACCGGAACCCGUCUACUCCCUUCCUUAUGAUGGCGCCGAAGGUAUCCUGGAGGACCUCUCCGCCAAUUCUCCCGAAGGCACUGUACUGGAUGCCGAGUUCCGACGAAAGUCUGGCCGAUCGGAACGAUACACGUAUUUCUUGCGGCCAGCUGAAGACUCUGAUUAUACUCAGACUUCACCAAUCGCGCCCCCUACGCUGCGAAAGGAAUUUGUGGUCUUGCUUGAUCAGGUGCCGUCUUACGCCGCAAUCACGAAUCCUUCUUCUGCAGCAGCCGCGAACAAUGAAGAUGAAAUGGAAACGAGUUUUAAUCUUGGAUUAACGGAGAAGCAGCGAGAGAAGAGAGAGAAUGUGGUGCUACCUUACUUCGAUGCGCAGAAGGGUGAAGGGGCAGGUGAGGGAGGGAGAAUUUUGUAUGAUAUGGGAGAGGAGGAUGACUUUGAUGAAGAGGAAGACGAGAUUUAG